UGCGCCCUUCGCGCCCGACGGACACGCCACGGCCUCUAGCGAUAAAUUCCUCCGUGUGCUUACGUGCUUGUGCUCCUCUGAUGCUGCUGUAACUCGGCCUAUUAGCGUAAGAAGGUGCUAUCGACACAUCCUUGAAAAGACGAAGGAAUACAAGGACACUGCUAUUAUUUUGGUGCAGGAUACGAGGAGACACGCCGCAUUUAAAACGGCGAGAUAGAUCAUGUAGCAUAGGGCUUCUUCCUAUUUCACCGGGUUCUCGUGUAAUUCUGCAGUCGUGGUCGGGACUUCUCCAGGAUUCUGUGGUUAGGCACGUAUGUGAACUCUCCGUUUUGGGACGUUUUUUACGUCGGAAGGAGCCAAAGCAAAAAUUGGAGAGGAAGCUUUCUGUAGUGCAGAGAGUUACAUGAACUAAGGACGCGAAUUAGACAACGUGUUUUUUUCAGGUUUGGUUGAGUCUCGUUGUGUAACAUUGUGCUAACUACUGGUGUGUAGCGGCACCUAGUCGAAGACUGAGGAUUAUGUGUUCAUAAGAUGGACUGAUCUAAGCGAACUAUGUGGUUAUUUCGUGGACUCGAUAUGAGGCAAUUCAUGAGCUCCGUAGUGCUUGUAGCGGCCUGCCUCUUGGCAAUGAGCUGUGCCAUGAUAACGGCUGGCCGCAUUGACGGCUCAGUACUACUAACGAAUCCAACCUCUGCUCCCGUGCCGGAGACAGAAGCCGUCGCCGCAGCAGCAGAGAGAAGCUAUGUAAAUACAGAGAAGCUCGUGCAACAGUCGGCUCGACAAAUUGAGGAGGUUGUCGAACAGUCGGAGGGAAGAUCAGACUUUAAAAUAUCGCCUUCUUCAUUACAGUCGCAGUUGGACUCUACCCAUACCGAGGCUCCCACAACUACGCUAGAAAAGGACAACACGAGAGUGGCGGAAGGGGGAACAGCGGCCGGGGCGGGAGUUCUAUCGACAACGUCGUCAACGUCGAGUAUAAAUCCAGUUAUCCAGACUACUACGGAGGCUACAAAACCUAUGAAAGACAAGAUAUCCAUGUACGCUAAGAAGGCGAGCAAGUUUUCCGAGAAGAAAACCUUAUUUACCAAAAAGGCUGUAACUGAUAAGGAGGACAAACUGGUGAUCACGACGGCAGCGACUGCCGAGAUCAGUUCGGCUGCUGGUGUAACAACAGUAGGCUCAGCCCAUUUGACCAGCGACGACUCACACGUUUCUCCAAAAACGACUGGACCCGACUCGAGUGCGGCUCGCUCUAGCACAACAACAGACUCUAUGAUCGCUACAACCAUCAUGGUGAUGCCAAAUUCCUCUACGAUUUCAACCUUGCAUGUUGAAAACAAGCAGUUGUUGGUAACGAAUGAAGAUGACGAUGAGGUUGGUCCCGGAUGCACUUCGAAGAUUCGAUUGUCUGCUGGAUUCAAACUGUGGAGGUCCAAGGAUAAAAAUAAGCUUAACCUAACGCUGGCUACCGAUAAUUUGAGCUGUUCGAUUUCUUCGGGGCUUUCUGUUUCAUCAAAUACAACAUCCCAUCUCGUCCUUGACGCCCAAGUUGGAGACCAGAUCCGACUGUUCGUCGACGAGUUGGAUGAAGGGACUGUAGUGACGCUCCAUCGAUCAGAGGAGGAAGCGCUUACCGAAUGCGUCGAGCCUCCACAUGGAUCCAUCGUUUGGAAUGCUACCAGAGCUGAACAGUUUGUCAUUCAGGCCAACCUUCUGACUCAGAGCGGACUGCAAUUCUUUGCGGUGGCUGUGCAAUCUUCAAGCGUUUUGCGCGUCUGGCACAUUCGUAUAUCUGUUUAUGAUUCGGAAUGUGAGUCUCGUCGAGACUCAGAAGAUCUUUGCUCGGAACGUGGUGUGUGCGCCUUAGCCCCUGGUGAGGGUACCUACACGUGUCAUUGCUGUCCGGGCGUUAAAGGUCGAACAUGCGACGAACUUGACGCAUGCUCAACAUCGCCCUGCCGAAACAACGGAUUCUGCGUUGACAUUAGCGAAGGCUUACACGGUAGCUUGUACCAGUGUCUUUGUCCACAUGCUUUUCGCGGCGCCAACUGUGAACAAAACGCUGACUUUUGCGAAAUGCAUCAUCCAUGCAAGAAUAAUGCUACUUGCACGUCGACGCCAGCCAACGCCUCUACUGGUUUACCAGAAUAUACGUGCCAGUGUCAAAAAGGAUUUGAGGGACCGAACUGUGAAGUAAACAUCGAUGAAUGUGAAUCAAAACCGUGCGUUCAUGGGAUGUGUGAAGACGGCGUUGGCGAAUUCAAGUGUUACUGUCUGCCGGGUUAUGGCGGCGAGCUGUGCGAGUUUGAAUAUGACGAGUGCGAUUCAUCGCCAUGCGUUAACAACGGUGCCUGCGAGGAUCUGAUCGCGGGCUACAAGUGUCACUGUGGGCCUGGCUAUACAGGACGCCGAUGCGAAAUUAAAGUGGAUCUUUGCGAGCCGAAUCCGUGCGCGGCUCCAGCCACCUGCAUCGACCGGGGCAACAACUACACCUGUGUAUGCCGUGGCUCCGGUUGCGCGACCCGCGACGAGCUCGACCCAUGUUACCCGAACCCAUGCCAGCAUGGUGGUUCAUGCUGGCCCAGCAUGGAUACUUUUUACUGCUCGUGUCCGCCUGGUUUCGCUGGCGACAACUGCGAAGAGAUUGCUUAUCCACAAGCGAUCGCCGAACGUCGUGUCUAUAACCCAGAUGACAAUCGACGGCCCAGUUCCGAGCGGUUGCAUACGAUUUACGUGGCGUGUGCGACUUUGGCCGGAGCUUGUGCCCUUGUGGCCAUUGCUGUCACAGUUUGCCAAUGCCGUCUAGGCCGCCUCAGCUCACCCGACCACCUCACCGCGGAUUGCGAGCGACUUAAAGAUGAUGGUGCUAGUGGACACCUCCGCUGGCGUUGCUGUUACCGUACCGCUGCAAAAAGGAUACCAGUGGCAGUGUUACUACACUCCCUUUCGCUAAGGUGCUCUUCGAGCUCAGCCCUACGGCGUCUGAAGAGUCUCGCUACGUUCGGUUGUUUGGCGGAGCUCGUAGCUUACGAGGACCCACUCUUUCCGGAGACAAGCUCUGCCUUCCUUGGCAACGCUUCUAGACUGCAGCACCUGAUCGGCGAUCAGUGCAUCCACUCAAAACAUUUCCAGCAUCAGCAAAGUCUUCAGCAGCGUAUCUACUCGAGUGACAUGCCGAUCGAUUCAAUGCGAACGCCGUUGCUUUUCCCGGAACCAGCUGACCACGGACACUACUGAGCCAUAGACUUGAUAUAUAUAUAUAUAUAUUAUUAUUAUAUCAAGCAAGCGUGUGCACCAACAAAGUCGUUGCCGUUAUUCGACUCAAGUUCAUUGCCAUAUGCAAAACUGUUGUCUAAAUAAUUAGAGCCGCUGGGCCAGUAAUUACUCUGCUAUGUAAUUGUAUUAUGGACAUUACCGUGCUGUACUAACGAGCAUUCCCACAAACUCAUAUAGGAAGACUUAACCCAACCCUACGUACACAUAUGCUCCCUGAGAAAUAACUCAAGAUAGCUCGAUGGGCUAUACACCACGAAUCUGAUGCUACUACAUCCAAAUGAAUAUUAUAUACAUAGACUCGCUGUGGGAGUAUUCUUAACAAGCAUCGGAGAAGCAUAGAUUUAGGAUGGCAAAAAUGUAAAUCUCUUGUAUGUAAUAUCACGAGUCGGCAUCGACCGCUCAUUGUAUGAGCUACCGGUAAACUAAUGACCGAUACCUAUAAUGGUUUCUUGAUCAACCCCAGCAAUUCUUCAAUUUAAAUCCAGUGCCAGAUUUGAACAAGGAAAUAGGGCGUCUGACUCGAAUAGGUAGCCGGCAUCAUUGCUAUUUGUAGAUUUUAUUUUAUUCAUAAAUCUAUUAAAAUUCAAAUAUCAACAAAUCUAUUGUUGAACACGUGCAACGAAAGGUUUCAUCAUGGUUUCAACAAACCAAACAGUGAUCAUCAAAAAGGCAGGUUGACGGUGGAAGAGAAAGGGCUUAGGUCAAAAGGACAAACUGAUGAAGAAACUGUGGUCGACGUCCAACUGCCAUUGCAGACGAUACGAACGAGCUAGAAAAUGGCGAUGAUAGCAACUGGACUACCUGGCAGGUAAGUCGCAUUGCAUCUUCUGCUGCAAAUGAUGCGCGGAAAUAUGUCAUUAGUUAAGUCGCUCAUAGCAAAAACGCCACUAGAUCUUUCCGCAGCAGCCACGAAUCAACUCAUAAAGGCAGUCGCAGAGACAGAAGCCAUCAAUUUUUACAGCAGUUCCGUAUUUUCAUAUUAAGCAAACAAGAAGGCAUAUAGGCAAGAGCAAGCUCCAAUGGGGCGAGUCGGGUCGAGCCGGAGUGCAUAGCCUUAACAAGUUGCCCGCUGCAGCAGUUGCAAAAUGCUAAUCUGCUGCCCUCCGACCUCGUUAUCACAACCACCGUUGUCACGAUUGCCAAAGAUGCAGCGGCUGCCACGCUUACAUCAUAACGACUUGCUAUCGCCGUCAUUCGUAAAUAUAUAUCGUGCAUCCUGUCGAUCGCAUAGUAGACCAGAAGUGGCCUGCAGGACUGCACCGACGACGACAUCGAUGUGAAACACGAAUGAAGCUAUGAAGGGUCCGCAGAGGAGAGAAACAGAGCGAGUCGUAGUCGGGGUUCCGAGAGCUGACUUAUGGGUGGUAAAAGAGUACAGCUUAUAGACUAUGCUGUGGUACGCGGAAAAGCUAUUGACAGCGUCGAGCCUAGGAUAAAAACUCACUCGGAAAUGCUUUUGGUAGCUGCACUCCUGGUUGCAACUGCAGUUCCUCCUGUGUGGUGAUGCUAGGAGAGUCGGAAAACUGUGUGAGACCGCUUGAGGAACUUCGACGAAGAGUUUCGUUCGUAGUAGUAGUGUUGGCGAUCGGAAAAAGCUCACUGGCUGUUGAAAGCGAAGGAAAACCAAUCGAAAAAGGCCAUGUUAUUCUACACUCAUACAGCCGGGGGGUUUCAUCCACGUGAAUAUAAACGGCUCAAGAGUACCCACACCUACAUUACGACGGGUGCACUCCUGCCGGCUGCAGCUAGUUCCGUAACGACAGUGCUCCUGGCCGUGACAGGGGAAACCAGUGACUGUAGCUUGCUUGCAACUUGCUCAGUUGUUGGGACGAUGAAAUGCUUCUGUACGGAGCGAUAACCAUGUUAGAAGAGAACUUGUGGUAAGAACGCUAGCUAGAAUAUUAGGUACGGUUAAACCAUAUGUGGGCAACGCGUUGGGCCAGCGGUAAUAGACUUAACAGGCUGUUAAGAGAAGACCCGAAACGGGAGACAUAGUUCGGGGGAAGAAAACUCACGGAGUUUGAAAUAGCGGGGCAGGCGCUGGGCGCGUGUGGUAUGUAAACUGUACUAUGAUCCAUCCAGUUACUUAUAGUGAUGUAGGUAAGAAGCGAUAUGGUGGGCAGAUAUAUGUGAAGAAAAAAGGAAUCGGUUUAGAGAAUAAGAUGAUGAAAUAACAAGGGAAAGGAGAGAGAUAAGAUGACGACUGAAGUAAAUACCAAGAGUGCAGGUUAGGAUGGGAUGAUGGCUAAAAAUGAAGCCACAAUGAUCUUAAUAAUGAUAAAUAUAGUAACAUAAUGGCGAUGACGCUGGCGACGUGAAAAAGAAAAGGCUGGAGAAGUUACAAAACAAGAUGAACUGAGAGAUAGCAGGAAGACAGCAGCAGGCAAAUGAGCGAUUAUACAUGCACGAAAGUCCUAUGAUACAACAAGAUAAUAAAUGAGAAACCGGAAUAACACAUUCACCUGUUACGAGAGAUAGAAACCAAACGUACGCUGGUACACAAAUCUGAUCUAUAGAGAUAAUUCAUAUCUCUACAAGGGAACAGACGGUAGGUGAGGGGAGUCAUUGGUGCCCAGACCAUGCCAAACUGUAUUCUUCCAGGCACGUACGCACUAAGUGAUCAUUUUGGGCAUGUAUGAGGAACGACGAAGUCGACGACAUAUUUUUUUCAUCUCAUGGACCUCAUGGCGGCGAUAGUAGAUCCGCUGCUGGCUAGAGUCAGUGAGGCUGCUAUUAAAGAGAUGAAGAGGCAACUUCAUUUGUAGAUUGCUUGUUUUUUUUAGACGACGAUAAUUUCCUUCGUUUUUUAUUUUGCUAGUCAUAUUCCUUCCCUUGUCAAGCUGAUUAUUUGUUUUUAUUCAUAUUGUUCGACGACGAAUUGGGUUGUCCGCCCUUCAUUACUUCUACAGACCCAUUCGGGCCAUAGUGUCUAUGGACGUGCGUAGCGCCCUCGGGGAAGGCGCAAACUUGACAAACCGAAGACCAGCGUAAGAACAGGGCCAAACAGUCUAUAUUUAGCAAUGGUGCUCGCUGCCGAAAUCCGAAACAGCAUCUUCUCCUAAUGUCAUCCAUUCGUCAUCGUUGCAUUUAGGGUACCAUCAAACAGGUGUAUGGCUGUCUGGCACGUCCCCAUGACGCGUAAUUACUUGAGUAUGCAGACGACCAGCAGAUUUGAAAUGAGAUUCAUUAUGCUUUUCUUAUUCGGGAUAAUACGUCGACCACAAGAACAAUAGCAGUGUUCGGAGGACGCGUUGGAUAGAUAGAUAUAUAUAUAUAUAUAUAUAUAUAUAUACAAUAGAAUGUUUUCAUUUCUCCGAUGAUGACAAUAAUGCUAAAAAUGUCGAAAAAGAGGAGCAUAACGAUGAAAGACUUUUAUGAUUAUUCUAAUAGUGAUGAUGAUUUUAAUUUCGUUAACACCGCGGUGAGUCUCGUUCCCAUACAUAUACUUCUUGCUUCUGUUACAACAACAAACAAAACACAACAACAUUGAAUGAAAAUUAUAAUAAACAAUGACGUUUGCAAGAAUCUUCAUCGUUUUUGUGUUGUCCUUGUCUUCUUUAUUUUUGAGAGAUUGUUACUAUAGCGCUAUAACUUGGUCGUUUCAUUCAUACACAACGUCGGGAAUGUAAUAGGUGUUUUAGCAUUGCACCAUUUUACGUGAAUGCGUGUCGCACUUAGGUAUUUGUUUAUAGGACAGUACUGUUUAUGCCCUGCUUUCUUCGCGUACUCUCCUUUGUAGCUUCUGGACUAAUUUCCGUGCUGGUAGUAUGUGAGCUCACACGCCUGUCCAGUGGCCCUGACAGACCCCUCGUUCCGUUCGCCACUGAUACGAUCUCGACCGAUGGACGUGGCGCAGGCGAAAUAAGUAUAUAACGACGAGACAGUUGUGUACCGGAGGGACUGUUGUUGAUCAAACGCUGUACAGCUGCGUUUGGAAGGAGAGUGACACAAGAGUGGCAACAGCAGCAGUA